GUCUACAUGUGUGUGUGCGUUUGUGUUUGUAUGAAUGUACGUAUUUCAAUGUAUUUCUUAUUAAUUAAUGCGGGUACCUUAUUUAAAAUUCCACCAAUAAAAAAACAAAACAAAACAAAACGGUUCGAGAGAAAUAGCGUCCGCAUCUAACAGUUCAAAUCGUUCGGUCAAGCACUCAAGACAUUUAAGUAGCAUGGAGCUGAAAGCCCGGCGGAUGGUUAAUUCUAAAGCAGCCGUUUUACUUACUCUAAUUUUAAUUGGAGUAAAUGUCAGCGGUCAGUAUUGGAAUAACAAUGAGGACAAUGGAAAUGACUUCCGUUUUCCGAAUGAGCAGACGGAGCAAAUUGACUUUCGAUAUCCGAAUCAGCAGCAGGAGCAGCAGCCAGAGCAAAACAGGUGGGGCGUAGGUUACAAUCAAUGGGAUUACAAUCAAUGGCCAGGUGAUUUUAACCCAUAUUAUAGGCCACCACCUCCGCCACCUUGUGGAGCACCGCCUCCGGGACCGCCCCCGCCCGGACCACCUCCUCCCGGUCCGCCUCCAGGCUGUCCUCCCCCACCAAGAGGGCCUCCACCAAGAGGGUCACCGCCAAGAGGCUCACCGAACAGAAGGCCACCACCGCGAGAAAAUUGGUUUGCACCGCGUCCACCACCGAGAGAUCAUUAUCGUCAUUUUGGUACGAUUUACCACAAUAUGGAGCAGAAAAUGGAUUCACAUGAGUACAACAAAUCGGCUGAAACAGAGGAUUUGCACGACGAUUUCAAUGGCAGAUCAAUUGUUGCUCCAGGGCAAUACCCGCAUAUGGCCGCUCUGGGAUUUCACAAUGAGAAUGGAGAGAUUGAUUACAAAUGCGGCGGCAGUUUAAUAAGUGAAAACUUUGUACUAACAGCAGCUCAUUGUUUGACCACCCAUGGCACUGCUCCCGAUGUCGUCAAAAUCGGUGACAUCAAAUUGAAAGAAUGGGAAAAUGAUGUAGCACCACAGCGACGUCGUGUGGCUAAGAUCCAUUUGCAUCCUUUAUACAAUGAUACAUACUAUUAUCAUGACAUUGGGCUAAUCGAGUUAAAUCGACCAGUGGAAUACACUUGGUUUGUGAAACCAGUAAGAAUUUGGGUGCGAAACGAAAUACCUUACGAAAAGGUACAUAGCAUGGGUUAUGGAUCAACAGGAUUCGCUCAGGCGCCUACAAAUGUCCUGACCGAAUUGGAUUUGUCAAUAGUUCCGCAGGAAAAGUGCAAUAGUACAUUACCCUCAGACGAGAGUGCACCACAAGGUAUAUUAACUAGCCAGAUAUGUGCCCAUGAUUAUGAGAAGAAUCGCGAUACCUGCCAGGGCGAUUCCGGUGGACCACUGCAGCUUAAUUUAGAGCGUAGACGUCGGCGUCAUCGGAAUCGCAGACGUUUCCGUUACUAUCUGGUGGGCAUCACCUCCUACGGCACUUAUUGCCGUAGCGAGUAUCCAGGAGUUUAUACACGAGUUUCCUCCUAUAUUGACUGGAUUUCGUCUAUAGUCUGGCCCAAUUACUAUCAAGAAUAUUCGAAUAGACGUUAAUUUAAAAAAAGACUAAGUAAUUAGUCGCAAACAGCUCAGGUUUAUGCCAUAUUGUUAAGUUUUGAAGUUGGUUGCCCGGCAACGUGGACUUUGCCCUUUUUAUUAAAUCAAUAAGAUUAAAUAUUAAUAUUGAAAACAA